CAGCGAAACCGGCCGGGGCGGGAGCAAGGUCGCCCCCGGCACCCCCCGCCGCACCCCGACCACCUUUGCCCCCGGGAUGGGUCUCAUCCAGGCAACCCCGGCUGCCACGCACGUGUUUGCACACCUUUGUUUAUCGUAGGACCUACAAGAAGGCAGGAAAAGCAAACACGGCCUCACCUUCCUCUCCCUGCCGCCAUCACCGGAGCCGGCGGCCGGAAAGGACGGGGCGAUGCUGAGGGGUCCCAGCCUGGCAUGGGGGAGGUGAGCGACACCGACAGUGGGAUUAUGCUGCAUUCGGGCCCCGACAGCCCCGUGUCGCCCCUGAAGGAGCGGGCGCAGGCAGGGCGCAGGCAGCAGCAGGCGUUGGAGGCCCGGCUGGAGGGCUGCGUGCAGGAGCUGCGGCGGCUCUGCCUGCGCGAGGCGGAGCUGACGGGGACGCUGCCCCGCGAGUACCCCCUGAAAGCUGGCGAGAAGCCUCCCAAGGUCCGGCGCAGGAUCGGUGCCGCUUUCAAGCUGGAUGAGACCCUCGUCCUGCGUGGGGCGGACCCGCUGAGCGCCCUGGAGCGGGACCUGGCGCUGCAGCUGCAGAUCGCCAAGGCCGCCCAGCGCCUCUGCCGGGAGGAGAACAUCAGCAAGCGGCUCCGCAAGCGCCGGCAGACGGCCGCGCUGCUGGAGGAGCAGAAGCUGAAGGACCUGGAGAACAUCCUCAGCCAGCGACGACUCCUGGCGGGCCGACAGUCUCUGCCCGCCGGCAGUGGAACCGGUGCUGCUGAGGAGCUCAGCGCCUCCGAUGAGAGCUCCCUGUCGGACGCCGUCCUGCUGGAGGAGGAGGAGACGCAGCUGCUGGGACCUUCCACCCCGCAGGGGUCCCCGUCCCCUGAGGACCCAUCCGAGGAGGAGGGCUCGGGGGUCCUACCGGCUCCCCCCAGCCCCUGGCAGGAGACCAGCCUUGACAGACCCUAUGAGAAGACCAAAAAACCCAGCGUCGAUGCCGGGGAUGGGGAAACCCGGGGGUCCCGGUGCUACCCUGGGUCCCCACCGGCCGCCCCCUCGUCCCCUGGCAGCCCUGACCCUGCGGCCUUGCCGGUGCCCAGCACUGGAGACGUCCCUCCGUACCGCUUCGUCCCCAUCAGGACCUUGGUGCUGUGCCGGCAGGCGGGCUCCAGCGCGCCCAGCACCCCGGAGCCGUCGGGCAGGAGGGGACAGUCCCAGUCCCUGAGGGUGGAGGCAUGCUGGCAUCCUGGCGAGCCAAGGGGCCGCAGCGCCAUACCCCGCCGGCGCCCCACUUACUACACGGUGACAGUGCCCACCUCCUGCAUCCCGUCCCCCGGCCCCGCGUGCUGCUCCGGCUCCGACGACAGCAUCUCUGACCUCUCCAGCAUCUCCCACGCCACCUCUCCGGGCAGCAGCAGCCCCGAUGUCUCCUUCCCUCGCCCCCCGGUUCCACCAGCCCUCGCCGAACCUGCUUAUUACCCCCGGGGUGGCCACCGGUUCCUGCCACCCGCCGGCCCCCCGGCUUUCCUCUAUGAGCAGGAUCUGGCCCCGUUACGCUACCAACGCCUGGUGCCCUCGCACAGCCGCAUCGUGCGCACCCCCUCGCUCAAGGACUACGCGCCGGCGGGGGGCCGGGGGCUCUCCAAGGCGGCCGUGACCGAAGAGCUCAAGUCGUGGCACCAGCGCGCCCGGCUGCGGGGUGCCCGUCCCCACUCUCUCGACCGGCAAGGCGCCUUUCGGGGUCCCCGUGGUGGGACCACCAGGGAUGUGCCCAUCACCAGUGGAGUCCUGCCGCGGGCUCAGGCGCCCCUGAUCCACGUCCUGCGGCGCUCCCCGGACGGCGUGCCCGUGCAGGUCUACGUGCCUGAGAACGGCGAGAUCGUCACACAAGUGUAAGCGUCGACACCCCCCCCCACCCCUCCAGCAGGGGGGGAGGCACAGCCUGGCUGGACCAGGGACAGUGGACACCAGGCCGCCCCACAGCCCCCCACCCUGGCAUGGGGACACGGGUGGGAGUCGCAGCCGCCCCCCAGAACCCCCGGGGUGUGCGGGGCUGGGAUGGGGUGCUUGGGGCUGGUCCCCCCCCGUGUCCCCUCACUGUGACCCUGAUGCUGAUGGUGCCACCACAACCCUUGAUUCAGGGUUUGGUCUCUAAUAAAGGUGCUCGUUGGGGUGCUC